UGACAGACGAAAGGUCGUCAUGUCACUCAUGUCCUCUCUCAGAUUUCUCUCUGCCGUCGAGUCGUUCCGCGUUCGAGUUCGAAAGAGACCACGUGGAGUGUGAACCGGUUGACGCGUAGAUCACAUCUCAUGUGCUUUCGGUAUUUCGCUUGCUCCGCAUUGUUGAUAACGUGUUGCAGCCGUUGCCAGGCCUCUGAUUUCCUUGCCUUUAAUGAAUGAUUUCGUUCGCGCACCUAUUUUUUGUUGCGUGAAAUCAAAAUAUACGGCGACAAAGAUCAUUAUUCGAUUCGUUGCUAAAGGAGUGGAGAGCACUAUUAGCUGUUAAAACUGGAACUGUUUUAAGGUUAAAUCACCGCGCGUUACGAUGAAUGUAGAUCGCAAUAACAAUUCCAGGACUUACUCAUAUGCUUUACUCUCUUAUCAUUACUUUUAUCGAGAGACGCCAAAGAGUACUUGAAGAAUUAUUUGAAAAUGUACAAAUGGAAAGUGAUAGUUAUGAUCAAUGGCUACUCCAAAAACUUGAGCGACGGCAGAAUGGACGCCAAUUGUACUUGCACCGUGAUUAUGGGCCCAAAAUUGAUCGUUGUUGACACUAUGACUGCCUGGGACCGUGAGAAACUGACGGAAGCGCUCGCACAAAAUAAUAUCGAGCCAAAGGAUAUUGACUAUGUUGUUUGUACUCAUAGCCAUUCAGACCACAUAGGGAACAACAAUUUAUUCACAAACGCAGAACACAUUGUAGGCUUGACCGUUCAGCACCGUACUAUAUUUUACGAGAAUCCACAGAUUUCUAAUGAGGGCUACGAGCUCUGUCCGGGUGUUAAAGUUGUAGCCACGCCAGGACACACGAGGGAGGAUGUCACCGUUCUCGUAGAGACGACAAUAGAUGGGGAAAUAAAGCGUUUUGCUAUUACAGGAGACUUGUUUGAGAAAGAGGAAGAUAUUCUGGCGCCGCACAUCUGGAAGUCGCUCGGCACACCGGAAUUGGUAAAAACUCAAUCUGCCACGCGUUCCCGUAUAAUAGAUCUCGCAGACUUUAUAAUACCUGGACACGGGCCGAUGUUCCGCGUUACGGAUACUAUGAGAGAAAUCGUGAAGAGCCAAGUAAUUCAGUAAUACCGUAUUGUUACAUAUAUAUAUAUAAUAAAUUAUAUAUAAAUUAUAUACGUAAUAAUGCGGGACUUUAAAGUAUAAUAA